GUUUCUAUGGCUCUCAAAAGACGUCCCCGAUACGAAGACACCGGAGCAAGAAAAUGUAGAAAAAUGUUUCAUGCCAAGGUGGAACACGAACAUGCAAAGCUACGGACCAUCUCACGCUUACGCGACAGUGCAGACAGGGAAGAAUUUAGUUUGGAUAAACGAGGUGACGUGAUGCGAGUAGAAGCACCUCAAAAUCAAGAAAAGUUCCAUGAAGGAUCACCAGCUGCAGGGUUUUAUGUACUGGCGACUUCCAGUAUUCGAUCGUAA